UCCCUAUUCGAGCCAUGGACUGCAGCAAGCGCAAGAGCGAUUAGAACACAGUGGCUCCCCGGUGGAUAUGGAACACACGGAAUAUUGAUGGUGCUGAUGUUACACGGAUCCCACAAAUCCCCCUGACAACGCAAAAAUUGUUAUCAAUAGUUACGCUUAUGUUAAAUAGGUGGCCUACCGGACUGCAUCGAAAACCAGCUUCUGGUGGAUAUUUAGUAAUUACAGAGCGCAUAUAGGCUACAUUCCGCGCGCUCAUAUACCAUUGGUUUGCGUAUUAGGCUCUGCGUUAUUUCCCAGGGAAUCAAGUUGAUGGAUUGGCUAUGGAUGCAUUGGGUGGUUGUUUGACGAAUUUGGAUCAGAACAUUCGAAUAAGAAUGGCUGCGUCCUUUUGAGACAUGUAUGUACACACCUCGACUGCAUCCGUGCAUAUACUUCUAUAUUUUUUUGAUUCUACGCUUGCUACAUCGAUCAUGUUCGGGAAUAUUGGCUGGACAUGUGACCCUUUAUGUUAACUGACAUUAUACCUCUGCAAAUCCUCCAGUAGGCUAUCAGAGAACUGCACCAAUAAGGGAUGAACAUCAAUCGAAAUGUGGAUAGUCCAUUUCAAUCUCUGUUUAUGGCAUUAACUGUGUGCGCUCAAGAAUCAUUUCACUGAGAAAUCCUAUAUAGGGCACCACGUUCAGUUCCACAGGAAAGGGCUAUAUGAAGAAAUAGCCACAGACUUAUCGCUCUCUCACAAACUCGGCAGCAUCGGAAUACAAAGUGAAAAGCUACCAGCACCCCGCGGGUUUUCUCCACUGUGGCCACAGGAAUGGUGGAUUCAUCCCAAUUUCAUGCACCUCUUUUUGAUCAUUUGUAUAUUUUUUUUAUUGCGUUCGAGGUUCGUUUUCUUACGUUUUUGAUUCCGUUGCUGUCGAUGUAGACUACGUGUGGUUGCCUCGAAUCCUUUCACAUGGGUGAGAAUUGUGCAUCGGUCUUACAGCCAAUCCAAUCGGAUACCUUGGCCCUGGUGUGUUUGAUUUUUUUUGCUUCAUUUUGAGCACAAUCCCAUAUCUUCGAGAAAAUGCAGAGGACCACCAGCCACUGAACUAUGAAUGCUGAUCACAAUGAUCUCCUCCCUCCAGCGCCAGACAAUGAGAGAUCCUAGGCUGAGGGGGGCUCGGUCCUAUCCCCUCUUCGUGCUACUGUUGGCCCUCCAGAUCCUGGCGGUGGCCGGCCUGGUGCGUGCACAGACCUGCCCCUCUGUCUGCUCCUGCAGCAACCAGUUCAGCAAGGUGAUCUGCACCCGCCGGAGCCUGCGCGAUGUCCCCGACGGCAUCUCAACCAACACACGUUACCUGAAUCUGCAGGACAACCUCAUCCAGGUGAUCAAGGUGGACAGCUUCAAGCAUCUACGGCACCUAGAAAUCCUGCAGCUGAGCAAGAACCACAUCCGCAACAUCGAGAUUGGCGCCUUCAACGGCCUGGCCAGUCUCAACACCCUGGAGCUGUUCGACAACCGUCUCACCACCAUCCCCAAUGGGGCCUUCGAGUACCUCUCCAAGCUCAAGGAGCUGUGGCUGAGGAACAACCCCAUUGAGAGCAUCCCGUCGUACGCCUUCAACCGGGUCCCCUCACUGCGAAGACUGGACCUUGGAGAGCUCAAGCGGCUCUCCUACAUCUCAGAUGGAGCCUUCCAGGACCUCAGCAACCUGCGCUACCUGAACCUGGGCAUGUGCAACCUCAAGGAGAUCCCCAACAUCCUACCCUUGGUCAGGCUGGAGGAGCUAGAGAUGUCAGGGAACCAGAUCUCUGUCAUAGGGCCUGGCUCUUUCGCAGGGCUGGCGAACUUGCAGAAGUUGUGGAUGAUGCACGCUCAGAUCCAGACCAUCGAGAGGAACUCCUUUGACGACCUCCAGUCCCUGGUGGAGCUCAACCUGGCCCACAACAACCUCACCCUGCUGCCCCAUGACCUCUUCACCCCCCUGCACCGCCUGGAGAGAGUCCAUCUGCACCAUAACCCCUGGAACUGUAACUGUGACAUCCUGUGGCUUAGCUGGUGGCUGAAGGAGACAGUGCCUGCCAACACCAGCUGCUGUGCCCGCUGCCACACCCCAGCCAGCUACAGGGGUCGCUACAUCGGCGAGCUAGAGCACAGCUACUUCCAGUGCGAUGUGCCUGUCAUCGUGGAGCCGCCGGCGGACCGCAACGUCACCGAGGGCAUGGCGGCUGAGCUCAAGUGCAGAACGAGCUCGUUGACCUCGGUCAGCUGGCUCACCCCCAACGGGUCUCUGGUGACCCACGGGGCGUACAAGGUGCGCCUGGCCGUCCUCAACGACGGGACGUUGAACUUCACCACCGUCACCAUGCAGGACACGGGGACUUACACCUGCAUGGUGAGCAACACGGCGGGCAACAUCUCUGCCUCUGCCGUGCUCAACGUCACCUCGGUGGAGAACAGCGGCGUCACCUACUUCACCACAGUCACCGUGGAGACCACAGAGACAGUCGACGACAGCCAGACUCCUGCUCUUCCACCGAUUGGCUGGGUAUCAUCCUCGACCACCAGGGGGACUCCAGUCCAGACCAGGACCACAGAGCGGACCUACACCGUCUCUGUUCUGGACCUGGACGGGGAGGGGGACCGCGGCUUGGAGGAGGUGAUGAAGACCACCAAGAUCAUCAUCGGCUGCUUUGUGGCCAUCACGCUCAUGGCCGCCGUCUUGCUGGUCAUUUUCUACAAGAUGAGGAAGCAGAACCACCAGCAGGACCCCGAUGGCCCCGCCUCCUCCAUGGAGGUCAUCACAGUGGAGGAGGAGCUUGCCGGUGUCGCUGCCAUGGAGACCCACUUACACCUGCCCCCAUUGGAGCAUUACAACCAUUACAACACUUACAGGAGCACCUACCACCACUCCCACACACAGGAACCUUUACUGAUUCAAGCCAGCUCAAAAGACAAUGUGCAAGAGACACAAAUUUGAUUGAGAUUCGUUAGAGGGAUCCGAUAUCUGUUGUCUCAUACAGGAAGUAUCAUGGACAGAAUGGUAAGGGUUAGCGAGGGAAUGACUUGACACUGACUUGACUGAUGAUGUUAACGAUCAAAUGGAUCAACAUCUUUCAAAAUGGGUGUUCUAUUUGAAAAAGUGUCUUUACAAAACAGAAAUUAUUUAUUUAAAAAAUAUAUGUCUAGUGGCUAAAUCAAGAAAAACAAAUCUGAAUGAGCUUUUUAGCUCCAAUUUUUAUUUCACCUCUGUGUGAUGUUGGGGGAAGAAUGGUUCACUGCAAACUCAUCUACUCAAAUGAAUUCUCUACAUUCAAACCAUGUUCGGAUCGUUUCCAAAUAUGAGUGCAGCAACAGAAUAGAUUAACAAGGCUUCCAUUUGACAAUAGGGCCAUUUCAGAUGAAAAUAUAAUACUGCCUUGUUUGAGAAUUUUUAUCAAAAUGUUUGAAGGUCAUUAUAAUAUCCCAGAUGCCCUGGUGUUUCCUUAUUCCUUUGGAUAUAUUCACAGCCCUCGAAUAUUAUCACAGCUACAUUACAUAAAACUGAUGAAGAGGGAGGAUUGUCGUAUUACACUGUACCCUUCCUGUCACUCAAAUUAGAUGAGAUACAGAUGUCCCCAUGACUUGGCUGUUAAUGAAAUGAGCAGUGAGGCCAACAUGCCUCGGGAACCAGACGGCCAAAUGACUGAACAUGCAUUUUCCCGGCUCCUAAUCAACAACUAUACAUCCUUCACUUAAAUUAAGAUGAAGGCCUCCCUCCCUCCCUCGUCCUAUCGCACUCUCGCUCUCUUCUCUCUCUCCCUCCUCUCACGCUGUAUCUCUUUCACUCUGUCACUCUCCCCCUCCUACCCCCUCUCUCUUUUCUCACCUCUCUCUCUCUCGCUCUCUCUCGCUCUCAUUCUUCCAACCCCUCUCCUUCACCUCUCAUCCUACUCUCCGUCCCCCUUUCUCCUUUGCUCAUCCUCGUCUCUUACACUCUCCUCUCUCUUCUCCUCUCUCUCUCUCUUUCUCUGGCACAUUUGUCUCUCCUCUCGACAUAUCUCAUUUGUCUCUCUUUAGACAUGAGGGGAAUGGCAGUGCAGCAGAAGAUGUGGGAGAGUGAAGGGGAGGCUCCACGGCCCUACAGUAAUGUGUAAAUGAUCUAGAUCAGCAGCACUGUCGCGUUACCUUGGUAUCACCCUAGGGUCACAGACGCUUGGGGUCUGAUAGCCCGUCUGUUAGCGCAGAUAAAGCUCGCAUGUAAUUCAGCGUGACCCUGGUCGGCCAACACAGCAGGCUAACCGUCUGUACUGUCAGUCUGUAGUAAACAGGGAGGUGUAAUUGCUCAUUAAACUGCAUCAGCAGUCCUUUGGUAGGCUUCUAGAUGAGCUAGAGGAGAAGUUGAUCCAGCAAGCAGCUUGAAAACUCCAACCCGUAUCCCUUUACACAGCAGCUAAUGGAGGAGCUAGUCUUCUGAUUUCUGAGAGGCUCCUACUCUGAUCUUCUCGGCCAUGUUUGUCAGGAAAAAACACAACCCAAGGCCUUUUGGUGGCGCCUCUCUCAUCGUCCAUUUAUCACAACACCGCCUUGUCUUUUCGCUACUCUGUUUACACGGCGCAUUUCAUUUGGUA